AGAAAUGUGUCGCUAGUCCAAGUCCGCUAUAGAAUUGUUUGUCUAUCACUUCGGCAUCCCUGUUGUGGACACAUUUCAGUGUGCAUUUUUUACAGGUGUAUGCCUCUCGGUGGUGUGGCGCCCAUUGCUCUACUGACCCAUUUCAAAUUUCAAACCCCAAGUGCGGGAAAGAGAGGAGCUACAGACAGAUAAGUAGUGAGGCAGAGGGCAGUGCGUAAGCCAUUCCUCUGUUUUAGUAUACCAAGUCCUUCCAUUAGAGGGUAGCUCUUGCCAUGGCUCCUAACCUGCAAUCGUUCUCGGUGUCUGGCCUGACGAAAUCUGAUCCUACUCACAAGGGCGCUGGUGUAAUCCCAGAGGUGUCUGAUGCAUCUGAAAGUUCAGUAAACCAGCCCGUAGGAGCAGGAGUAGCGGCGAGUUCAUCAUCUGGAGUGUCAGCAGUCGUUGAGCAGAAGACGCCGCCUGCAAGUGAUGUCUCGGAGGGCGGACACAUCGUGAUGCAGGAGGAAGUUGAGAUGCAGGCGAUGCAGGAUGUGGAAGAAGGCUAUGGAGAACAUGACCCAGAAGACCAGCCUCUGGGGAUGGAUGAGCUUGCAGAGGUUGAAGACGGCGAGCACUCUUCGGCUGGCGCCCAUGGCGAGCCGGAUGAAGAUGCAGAGGAAGACAGCAGCAGCUCAUUUGCCAAGCGUGCUAAACAUGGUUAGGGGGAGCAUGUUGAUGGCAGCGUCGGUAAUGAUGCCAUUACUGGCGUGGUUAAGAAUCGUGUGUAAUAAAAAAUUAUGUCGCUCUUUUGCAAGCUAGAAAUGAUAUGAAUGGUGUGUGCGUUCUUAAUAUCACCGUCG